AUGGAACAACUGCGGGAUCCAGUUAUGCAAGAAGAUGCAAACAUUAAAGCUAUCAAUGAAGAGUACAGGAAAGCCUUUAUUUUUAUCAAUAAAGGACUCAAUACAGAUGAACUGGGUCAGAAGGAAGAGGCAAGAAGUUAUUAUAAGCAAGGGCUUGACCACUUGCUCCGAGGACUUAGCAUUCCAUUGCAGGGUGUAGGGUCCCAAUGGGAGUCUGCCAGGCAAAUGCAACAGAAGAUGAGGGAGACCCUCCAAAACGUUCACGCUCGUUUAGAACAAAACGCCCCACCUGUACAAGCAAGUCCUGAUGUGAUGGACGCCCCUGCUGGGGUGCCCAAGUUGUACCCAUCUAUUCCUUCCAAAGAAAAGCCAGAAAGACCCCCAGCCCCCAAUUCUCUGUUUGUACCAGGUCAGCCACCCGCAGCAGGUGGAAGUGUUGCCACUGGGAGCCAGGGGCCAGUUCCAACUAUGAGUCCUUCAUCUGCAAAACCUCUUUGUCUGCCAAACGAAGCACCUCCUGCCUAUACUCCUCAAGCUACCGAUGGCCAUUUUACUGUGUCUUAUGGCACAGAUUCUGGGGAGUUUUCUGCUGUAGGAGGAGACUACUACAGUAAGUGUACUCAGCCACCUCCCCUUGAAAACCUGGGAGUGGAUGCAGACGAGCUGAUCUUGAUUCCCCAAGGAGUACAGAUAUUCUUUGUGACUCCUGACGGGCAAGUUAGUGCUCCUUCAUAUCCUGGAUAUCUACGUAUUGUGAAGUUCUUGGAUACAGAUAGUGAGAUGGCACAGAAUCGUCCACCUGCAUUUCUUCAGGUUUGUGACUGGUUAUAUCCCCUAAUGUGUAACCAGUCUCCUGUUCUGUGCUGCAAUACUGGAGUCUACAUGUUCCCUGACACGAUGUCUCAGAUACCAGGAUCCUAUGUGGGAGUAGUGUUGUCUUCAGAACUUCCAGCAGCUGACAGAGAGCUGUUUGAGGAUCUCUUAAAACAGAUGUCUGACCUUCGGAUCCAGGUGCCAGGAUCCCAUGAGAGAGUAGGGUUAUCUUCAGAGCUCCCAGCAACUGAGAGAGCGUAUUUUGAAGAUAAAUUUAAACAGCUGUCUGGCCACAAAGUCCAGCCUUCAGAGGCCUCUAGUGAUGCCGUUAACUUGCCUCAGACUGUACGUAUCCAACCUCAACCAGAAGGAGCAGAAAAUCAGAAAGAGUUGCCAGAGUGGAGUGAGAAAGUUGCCCAUGGAAUCUUGUCAGGUGCAUCUUGGGUAAGCUGGGGCCUAAUAAAAGGAGCAGAAUAUACUGGUAAAGCUAUCCACAAAGGAGCUUCUAAACUGCGAGAACACAUUCAACCAGAAGAAAAACCUCUGGAAGUCAACCCAACUGUGGCAAAGGGGCUUCAUGUAGCAAAACAGGCUACUGGAGGAGCUGUGAAAGUCAGCCAAUUCUUAGUUGAGGGAGUGUGUUCCAUAGCGAGCUGUGUCGGAAAGGAGCUGGCUCCACACGUGAAGAAGCACGGCAGCAAAUUAGUUCCAGAAUCCCUGAAGAAAGAUAAAGAUGGCAAAUCCACUUUUGAUGGUGCUCUGGUGGUAGCAGCAAGUGGAGUUCAAGGGUUUUCAACAGUGUGGCAAGGUUUAGAAAGUGCAGCUAAGUGCAUUGCUAAGAGUGUUUCAACUGAGACUGUAAAAACUGUCAAAUACAAGUAUGGAGACGAUGCUGGCCAUGCUACAGACAACGCUAUGAAUUCUGCAAUCAACGUUGGUGUGACAGCAUUUAACAUUGACCAUCUUGGUAUCAAAGCUGUUGUAAAGAAAACUGCAAAGGAAACUGGCCAUGCUGUGUUAGACGAAUAUAAAGUAUUGGAUAAUGAGAAGAAGGAUAAAAAAUGAAAGCAAUGAAAUAUUUCUCAAAGCCUUACAUUAGAGGUGAAACUUCCUAUUUAGAAGUAACUACACUGCUAAUUUGCGAUUUAACACAAAUCACACUGUGCUUUCAAGCAACUGUUACUUUUACAUUUUCAUGUCACGUUAGGGAGGGCAUUCAUAGAAGGAAAAAUAAAAGUUGUCUUACCUGCUUGUUCUGUAUUG